CUUGCUUAAAAAUAAUAAAGAAUGUAUUACUCAGAAAUAAAAUAAUAUAUUUGAUAAUGCUUGUAACAAUAGGGAUAUACUGGUAGUAUUGUUGUCUUUUUUAGUCCGGGGUUAAAUUGGGAUUUGGGAGGUGGGUGGACCCUGAGAUCCGGUGGGAGGUGGGUGAAAAAAGGUACAAACCAAUGAAUGUCUCAGCUCAAAAUAGUUAAUAUCUUUAAUGUAUUGUGCACAUAAUUGUAAUUAAGGAAAAGAAUGUUUUAAAAAGAAUGUAUACUAUUGAUGCAAGCUUUUACAUAAAAAAACUUGAAAUAUAUUGAGUGUCAUUGAUGCUGAGAAUUGUUUUUACCCACGAAAAUAAUCGGUCAUCCUCUUGUCCUCACUUUCUUCCUCCUUUAUCCAUCUUUCUUAAACUGGUGAGGCGCAAAACUUUCUUUUAAACUAAUCAUUGAUCUCAAACCGUUUUAAUUAAUUUUCAGUGAUUAACAAGCAUGCAAACAUCUGACUAAUCAGUUGGAAAGGGACACAGCUUCUUCGCGUUGUGUUCGAGAGAUUAAAUGAUAAAUGCGAUUUAGAAAAAUCCGUUUUAAUCACUAAGCAGUGGCGGAAUCUUUCCCUGAUUUUCCUUGAGUAUCAAUACAAUUAAUCCACAAAAUAGGCUACUCAAUACUAUCAUAAUAGCCAGCUCUCCCCAAAUAGGCCUAGGCAGUUUUAGCCAGUAGCUAGGCCGUAUAGCCUACAUUUAUUUUCAUUUGCAGUACGAAAUUGUGCACAUUUUUAAUCAACAUUAUUUGCGGAUACAUGCACUUCUUUCUCUGCACUCGUAUUCAUGGCAAAUAUCUGCAAUGCGGCUAGAUUGUAAACAAAAUUGAAGUGCAGGUUUUGUUUUUGCUGGUUAUUCUGAGAGCUAACGCGGUAGAUAACAGACUGGUGUAUCUUAUUUGUUAAGUGUAGACUACUUGGUAAUUAAAACGGAUUUUUAACGGAUAAAUUGAAUUUAUUAUUUAAUCCCCCUAACACGGUAUGAAAACACUGUGUGUUAGGCUACUUGCCAUUUGAUUAAUCCGAUCGUUGGCACGCUUGAUUAUAAAGGAAAAUUACUAAUGAAAACAGGAGAUCAAUGAUUAGUUUAAAGCAAAGUUUUGCGCCCCACCAAUUUUCAGUCGCCGCUGAAUAAAACGUUAUGUAUGUGGGAAAUAUUCAAUCCUAGCUUAGUUGCUGACCAGCUGUCAGUUAAUAAUAGCCAGUGUGCGUUGGGGCUGUUUAUUCUGGAACACAUGGACUGGAGCAUAAAUUGACUGGAUUGUCAUAGUUAUUUGUAAAACUGCCGGUCAAAAUGAUUUAUUUAUUUACCAAAGGUGGGUGGACGUCGUCCACCCGCGUCCACCCCCAAUUUAACCCCUGCUUUUAGUAAAGCUAACAUUGUUAAUACGAUUAGUAAUUACCAUGGUCACGUUAAAACAUUAUUAAAUACAUAUGAAAACAGGGACAGAGAUGAUUUUCAGACCUCAGAUGUCUCUGCACAACAGUUGGACGGUGAUUUCAGGUCUGAUCCCAUAUUGCCUCCAAAGAGAAAUGAUUAGGUAAACAGCAACAUCGCAGAAAAUACAUGAAUAGACAGGCUAUUGAUCAUUGCUUUUGGGAAUGGCUGAUUUUCACACAGUACACUAACAUACUUCCUGCAAUCUUUGUCGCUUUUUAUAGUACAAAACUGGAAUGACUUACAGGGGAGGAUGUGUGACCAAAAUGAGACACCCAAACAUUGCUGGUGAGAGAAGCCGUUUUCCCCUGGCUCAGUGGCUCUUAGAUGACCUGUUGCUGGACUUGGUGCGUGAGAUCACUGUGGCAACCUUCCAGAGAUACACCAGGGACUUUGUAGAUGUUUACCUGGCUGAGGUGACCAUUCGGCGCUGUGCUUCAGAAAUCAUAUCUGAGAUGGUACAGCUCCUCCUACCUGGACUGGUGGAGGAGGUACAGAGGGAGAAGGCAGUGGAUGAAGUCAUAGAAGCUGAUUUGCUCCCAGAAGUCCUUGUUGAAGAAGCCAGUGCUGUGGUCCUGUCAGAGCUGGCCAGGUGUCAGUCACAGGUGACGAUUCAGCAGUUCUCCCAGGUCAGGCAGUACGCCAGCAGCUGGUUAAUGGAUUUCUUCCUGAUGGAUUGCCUUCUGGAGCUGGGGCCCAGCAAAGCACAGUGUUUUACAGAGAAGGAGCAGUCUGGGAGGCUGCUGGACAGCUGGAUGCUGGAUGUCCUGUUCCAUCAGCUUUUCAGUGUCCUACAGCACAGGGGCAUUACAAUGGAAAACAUACCACUAAGAAACUACCACAGACAAGUUUUUACGGACAUUGCUUUGGAUGUGAUGCUUUCGGAGUUUUGCCAGUCUCUGGAUGAGGACAUGGAGCAUUUGCUGGAGUUUGAGCAACUAAUGGAGAAGGAUGCUGAAUAAAUGCUUUUGCAGUAUUCUACAUAAUACCUCCGUUAAAACAUGUAUUUGAAAUACUCAAACCCUUUAUAUGCUGAUAAAAUUGAAAGCCACUCAGAAUUUUCCAUGAAAAUUUUCAAGGAAACUUGGUUACACUCAAAAACACAUUCUUGAUAUGCAAGAAAAAUUUUGCUCUGAAUAAUGUGGGAAAUAAAAUUCCUUGAAAAAGGACCCGGUAUAGGACAACCAAAGAACACCCCCAAUGACCAGCAUAUGCACAUGACAUUGGAAAAUUUCAGAAAACUACAAGAUAGGACAGUUAGUGAAGGGAUGUUGCUCAAUUGAUUGUUGAGUGCCUUGCUUUGCUCUUGAAUUAUGUUCUUACUAUUGCUGAAAAUGCAAGCGUCUUUUAAACUUGUGCAACUUUACUGAGGUAUAUUUCAAAUAAAAUAUUUGUUCCAGUUC